UCUUAUACUCUCGUGCAAGAACGUGACACGUACGGUGUCAGAGACAUGAACCAACUACAAAUCCAACCGCACAUAAAUAAAUUUCGAUGAUUUUUCCCGUCUCCCUCGUGAUACCAACAAGAUCAAUUCGAUCAGCAGCCAUCAAAUCGAAUUAUAAAUCGUCAAAUUAUAGCAAAUCGAUCGUACUCUCCUAGCUAGUUGAUCAUGGCCGGGGUCGAGGCGGCGGCGGCGGCGGCGGCGGCGCAGCUUCACCAUCUUGACCUCGUGAGGUUCGAGGCGGCGGAAGGCGACGAGAAGAGGCACGGCGACCAUGGGCUGGUGGUGUACACGGCGCCGAAGACGACGGUGAUGUGCGUCGACGGCGCCGUCGUGGACAAGACGGACGCCGCCGCCCUCGUCGUCGUCGACCGGAGCUCGCUGCACCCCGGCAUGGAGGUCACGUCGGCGUCGGACCCCGCCGGCCAGAUCGGCGUCGUCACGGCGGUGUCCACCGCGGUCGACCUCGUCGAGCACCGCGCCGACGGCGACUACGGCGACGCCGAGGCGGCGCCCGCGGCGCGCGGGCUCUCGCCGUCGGGGCUCCGCCGCGUCACGGAGUUCAGCCUCGGCGACUACGUCGUGUGUUCCGGCGGCGGCGAUCAAUGGCUCGGCCGCGCCGUGGAGGUGUGCGUCGCCGUCGACGUGGUGUUCGACGACGGCGCGGCGUGCAGGAUCACCGGGGACCGGGCGCAGGACCGCGUCAUCGAGGUCAAGGUGGCGGCGAACACGUACCGCCGCCGCGGGAUGAACGGCGCGUUCUACCCAGGCCAGCGCGUCACCGGCCACCACGUCCUGGCGUCGCCGUCGAUCGCCUUCAAGGACGCGCGGUGGCUGAGGGGGUACUGGAAGCUCACCCGCCUCGAGGGCACCGUCGCCAAGGUCGCCAUGACCGGCGUCCUCGUCUACUGGAUCGCCUCGGCGCAGCUCGGCACCAGCAAGAGCCUCAUCAACGCGUCCUCGCCGCCGGCGUUCCAGGACCCCGGCGAUCUCACCCUCUUCUGCUCCGACGACGAGUGCCCCUGGGCGUUCGGCGAUCGCUGCUUCAUCGCCACCCCUCCCCGCCACCGCCGCCGCCGCCGCCAGCCGCGUGUUCCCACUGAUGAUGACAAACAGGAAGCGUCGCCGGCGGCGGCGACGACGAACCAAGAUGCCGCGGCGGCCGCGCCGCCGGUGGAGAAGAAGGAGAACACGUACAGGAACCAGCUGAGGAAGUUCUUCUACAAGAGGGACUUGAGGGCGACGCGGUGGGGCGCCAGGGCGCGCGCCGUGGACAAGGUGAUGCUCGUCUCCGGCACCCGCACCACCGCCGACGUGCUGUGGCAGGACGGCACGCUGCGGCGCGGCGUGCCGUCGCUGGAGCUGGUGCCGUUCGACAUCCUCAACGACCACGAGUUCUUCCCGGGCCAGCACGUCGUCGUCGACACCAUGGCGGCGGCGGAAGCAACGACGGCGGCGGCGAGGCGCGUCGGCGUCGUCAGGAGAGUCGACCCCAAGGACCAGACGGUGCGCGUGUCGUGGCUCGAUGGCGGCGACGGCGGCGGCGAGGAGACCGUGGCGAGCGCGUACGAUCUCCGCAAGUACUCCCGCCACGACGUGUUCUACGGAGACGUCGUCGUCCGGCUGCUCCCGCCGCCGCCGGAAUCAGCCGACGCCGCCGGCGAGGGAGCAGCACCACCGGCACAGGGCACCAAAGCCGCCGCCGCCGACCUUUCAUGGGUCGGGCGUGUCGUCGACGUCCGCGACGGCCACGUCCAAGUCCGGUGGGGCAACGGCGAGACAUCAACGGCGGUGCACAGCGAGGUACGCGGCGUCGACAUGCGGAGCUUCUGGGCGCUGGAGCACGAGGUCGGGCCAUGGCUGGCGGAGGGACGCGACCGCGCGGCCGCAGCACUAGCGCAACCUCCUCCUCCACCUCCACCACCACCACCACCACCUGCCGCCGGUAACAAUAACAACAAUGUCGCCAACGCCGGAGCCGCCGGGAACACUGCCGGACCUGCCGCCGCCGCCCCUGCACCAUCGCCGACGUUGAUCGUCCGUGUCAGCGCUGCCGUCCGGAAGGUGUUCGACGCGGCGUCCCAGCUCGUGGCCCUAGGUAAGAGCUACCUGGUAACCGUCUCAUCGUCGUCGUCAAUCUCGGCGGCGGCGGCCACGGCCACGGGCAACGCCGAAGCGCCGCCGCCGGCUGGACCCACCGCCGGUGGCGAUGUCAACGUCGAGCCUGCUCCUGCUGUUCCUGCUGCUGUUGCUGUCAAUGGCGUCGCCGGCGAGGACGCAGCUGCUCCUGCUCCGGAUGCUGCUGCUCUGCCAAGCAGCAGCGACGCAGGUGGCGGCGACGGCGACGGUGACGGCGAUGGCGGUGACUCCGCCAGCGACGGCGGAUGGAAGGAGAAGGUGGAGGAUGAUUCGCUCGGCGUCGCGCACUUCGACGUCGUGCAGUGCCCGCCUGAUCACCAUUUCCUGGAUUGCAAGCUAGAGGGUGCUGCUCAUGGAAACAAAUGGGUAAAGAGAGUCCAAAAAGAAUGGCAGAUAUUGGGCAACGAUAACUUACCAGGGACUAUAUAUGUGCGCGCGUUCGAAGACCGGAUGGACUUGCUCCGGGCAGCGAUGGUGGGCGCCGCCGGCUCGCCGUACCACGACGGCCUCUUCCUCUUCGACCUCCACCUCCCGGCGACCUACCCGGCGGCGCCGCCGGAGGUGUACUACCACUCGUUCGGCCUCCGCGUGAACCCCAACCUCUACCCCUCGGGCACCGUCUGCCUCAGCCUCCUCAACACGUUCGACGGCGAGGGCGUCGAGGUGUGGUCGCCGGCGAGGUCGACGCUGCUCCAGGUGCUCGUCUCCAUCCAGGGCCUCGUCCUCACCGCCGACCCCUACUACAACGAGGCCGGCUACGACGCCUACGCCGGCACGCCGGGGGGCCGCCGGAACGCCGCCUCCUACGCCGAGAACGCCUGCCUGCUCACGCUCCGGAGCGCGCUCCACCUCCUCCGCCGCCCGCCGCGGGGCUUCGAGGGCGUCGUCGGGGCACACUUCCGCCGCCGCGGCGCCCACGUGCUCGCCGCCUGCGAGUCGUACCUGCGGGGAACGCGCGUCGCCGGAGACGGGGGAGACGGCGGCGGCGGCGAGAGGACGUGCUCGGCGGGGUUCAGGCUCGCGCUGCGCAACGUCGUGCCGGUGCUCGCGGCGGCGUUCGCGGAGAUCGGCGUCGAGGGGUGUGAGCGGUUCGGCGACGGCGAGCUCGGACAGUGCUCUCUCACCGCCAUUGAUGACAGCGCUGCUAGCGCUGAUGCUUCAGAUUAAGCUUUUUUUUGGGAUUAGUAGUAGUAGUAUGUUUAUGUUUUGAUGAUGGGUUAAUUAGUCGAUUUUGUAAUAUUUGUCGGGCCAAAGAGUU